AUGGGAUCUACAGCAGGACCUCCUGAUGCCACAUAUGGCUUCAUCGGUUUGGGAAACAUGGGGUUUGGCAUGGCGAAGAACGUUCGACAAAAGAUCCCCUCCUCGUCCAAAAUGAUUGUGUGUGAGCUCAACAAGUCGGCCCGGGAUGAGUUUUGCAAUACCAUCGAAGGUACCCUUGAGACGGCGGAAAGCCCAAAGGAGAUUGCUGAGAAAUGUGACAUCAUCAUCUCAUCUCUUCCCAACGCAAAAGCCGUAGAGAUUGUCUACCUGGAUCCAUCCACUGGACUCCUCGCCGGCUGUUCCAAGGACUCCAAGAAACUUUUCCUCGAGACCUCGACAAUCGAAGCAACAGCAUCACUAGGAGUCCUCAAGAAGGUCCAAGAAGCGGUCCCGUCGGCAGAAUUUCUCGAUGCUCCGGUCUCAGGGGGCAUCCCCCCGGCUCAUGCUGGUACUCUCACGUUCAUGGUUGGUGGACCUGAGGAUGUCUUCGAGAAGGCGAAGCCGAUUAUGUCGACUAUGGGCAAGGCUGAGAACUUGAUUCUUUGCGGCGGGUCUGGGGCUGGUCUUGCCACGAAGCAGAUUAACAAUUACAUUGCUUAUUGCAGUUAUGUUGCUUUGUGUGAAGGCAUGAAUACUGGACUCAAGUUUGGGCUUGAUCCCAAGACACUGAACAACGUCAUCAACGCAAGCAGCGGCCAAUGCUGGAACUCGAUCCACAUGAACCCCGUCAAGGGCGUCUGCGCCAACUCCUCAGCAUCGCGAGACUUUAAGGGCGGUUUCAAAGUCGAGCUCGCACAGGGCGUUACUCGCCAGAUGACGAAGCUGAUGGAGGAAGUUGGAGCGAAGUCGAUGUUUGGUCCUGUCAUGGACGAUAUCUGGGCUCGGGCGGUAGAGUCUCCGAUGUGCAGGGAGCAGGAGUCGAGGAGUAUUUUCAGGUUAUUUGCGGAGGAGAAUGGAAGUUCGUUGGGCAAAGUUAAGGUAGAGUAG